CCCCAAACCGCUUCCCGAGGCAACUCCACUACCAUGACUGAGCGCCGGAAGCGCCAGCAUCCCCAGGGGCCCGCAGCGCAACGCCGGGAGAAGCGCCGUCGAGGAGCUAUCGACGAGGUCGGUGCAGCCCAGGAACACAGGAGAUCUCUCACAGUCCUGGGUCUUCUGCAGGCCGUAGUAGUGGCGGCGGGCGUGGUGGCAGCAGGAGAAGCUCAUCGUGCCCACUGCCCUCAGGAACGGGAGCCCAUCUACGAGCCCAAGCGGCUUCCGUAGGCCCAACACGAGGCGGACCUCGAUAAACGGCAAGGCUGGCGGCGGUCGUACCGCAUGGAGAAGGCCAGCUUCCACAACAAGCUUGUCGAGCUACUCCGCCCUUCGCUGGCAGUCAACGCCUUCUUCGGCGCUGAGACACUGCGAUCGCCAAUCAACGGCGCCAUAGCUGUAGAAGUCCGCGUUGCCGUGGCGUUGAGGAUCCUGGCUGGCGCUAGUUACUGGGAUGUUGCCCUCAUGUUUGGCUUGUCGGUGCCGACCACGUACCAGAUCUUGUGGUCGGUGAUCGACGCCAUCAACAAGACGCCUGCGGUUGGGGCAUUCGACUUCCCCUUGACCGAGGAAGGCUGCAUGCAAAAUGCCAACAGAUUCAAGGAGAAGAGCACCGAUGACAUUUUAUCCUGGGUCGUCGCCGCCGUGGAUGGUCUGUUCAUC